AUGGCGGACAGACGAAAGCAUUCUGAAGGCUUCUAUCGGAGCCUAAAUGCUCUCAGUUCGGCAGAUUUCAUGGAAAGUCGACGGAAGAGAAAAAAAGGACCUGGCCCUUACUAUCAAGUGGAAAGAGUUUUAAGCUGCAGGCGGAAGAAAGGAAAGGUAAAUAGGACGUCUGCUUAAAGCGAAUAACGUCACUCAUUGAUAUUCAACAAAAUCUUGUGCAUAAUUUUUAACCGCACGUACAAACAAGUGUUCUAUGUAUUUUUUUUUUUUAAGAAUGAGUACCUAAUUCGUUGGAAAGGGUAUACUUCCCUGGAGGACACUUGGGAAGUGGAGGAAAACCUUAACGAAACCGCGAUAAGGGAGUAUUUUACCAGUCAAAAUUAAUUAACAUAAAACUUAAUUGUUUUAUUAUACUACUGCUCGGUCUAACACCAGAGUCUGGUCUAACACGAAACAGUUCGAGAGACAAGAAGCGAUCGUAUUUGUGUUUUUAAUUGAUUAUUGUGUAACUUUUUGCAUAAAUAAUUGGCCACUUUACAAGUAUGUUAGAUAAUAAUUAAUUCGAACUAUUUUGUUUAGGGCAUUUAGAACAUCCAAACCCUCAGAGGAAAGAAUUAAAGAGGGAUCUGAUUUACUGGCAGUUGCUAUUCUCCAACAUCUCAAGAGCAAACAUCAGACAGCCUCAGCCACAACUGUGAUGGAAAUUAGACAUGAUGUUUUUAAUUAUAUUUUUAGAGGACGAGGAAGACCCAGCACAAAAUCUGGUUGCAUCUUGUCAGAGAAGAAUGACUUUAACCGCUGUUCAUUUUUCAAAGAAUGUAACGACUGGAACAUUUACACAGACAACCUUGGCGAUGGCACACAAGUUGUGUUUCCUAUCAGAGCUAAAGCUUUAGUGAGCUUAGCACCACAAACACAUAAACUUGUGGAGGGGAAGCUUGUACCUAAGCCCAGAUACCAUCUCGAGAAAGUAAGUUUAAGUUUUAACUAG